AAAAAAAAAAAAAGUUGACAGUGGAGUCUGUAUUUCUGCUCAUCUCUCCACCUCAUGGCUCAUUUCCAUGUCGGUGUCUCCUGAUUGGCCAACAAAGCUGCCGUGCAGACUCAAACAUUGUUCUGAUUGGCUUGUGCCAACCUGCGUGUGUGUUUGCGUGUAGCUCUCUUUAUCAAUCCAACACACUCAUGUAGGAUCUGCUAUUCUUUCUCAGAAACGGAUCUGUCAGCUACAUUGUCAAUAAAAGCUCAGUUGUUUUCCUCCUCGCCUGUUAGUGAGAAUAUAAAGUUUUGAUUUGCUUGGCUGGAUGAGAGACGCUCAGCUGGAGUUUGGAAGAGUUGAAGAUGCAGCAGACCUCUAAGAGCUUUCGGUUGGAUGAUUUCCUCGCAGGAUGGAUUGGUGGAGCUUCCAGCGUGGUCGUGGGCCAUCCGCUGGACACAGUGAAGACGCGGCUCCAGGCGGGGAAAGGCUACAAGAGCACUCUACACUGCAUCCUCACUAUCUACAGGAAGGAAACGGUCAGUGGGUUUUUUAAGGGCAUGUCGUUCCCGCUGGCGAGCAUCACGGUCUACAACUCACUGGUGUUUGGCUUCUUCAGCAACACACAGAGACUCAUAAGCAAGUAUCGCUAUGGCGACGGGCGGCAUCCCUGCGGCAUGGUGGACCUGACUGUGGCCAGCAUGCUGACUGGUCUGAUGUCGGUGGGCCUGGGAGCCCCGGUGGAUCUGGUCAAGAUCAGACUGCAAAUGCAGAUGCAGAUGGUUCUAGCAGAGAACUUGCACCUUGCCGGCAACGUAUCUAAUGGCACCAACAUUCCUAUGCGCUCCAUCGCCAUCCCCAGCCAGAGACUCUACCGAGGCCCCAUCCACUGCAUCAGCAGCAUCCUGCAGAGCGAGGGCGUGCAGGGCCUGUACAGGGGGGCCGGCGCCAUGAUCCUGAGGGACGUUCCUGGAUACACGCUCUACUUCAUCCCGUACACCAUCUUCUGCAACCUGCUGAAGCCAGACGCCACGUCAAGCAUUCACCCUGCUUCCAUCUGGCUGGCUGGAGGACUAGCAGGGUCCAUUUCCUGGGUCACGGCCACGCCAGCCGAUGUGGUGAAGAGUCGAAUGCAGGCCGACGCUCAGCUGCAGAGGAAGUACAGGGGGAUCUUACACUGCAUCAUCCACAGCUACAAGACAGAGGGCGCUCAGGUUUUCUUCCGUGGGGCGUCGGUCAACGCCAUCCGAGGCUUCCCGAUGAGCGCCACCAUGUUCCUGACCUACGAGCUCUCCCUUCAGUUCUUCAGGAGCUUCUAGGACGAAGGAAACACUUUGGUGGUUAAAGGAAUCACACUCAGUUUUUGGUAAAUUAGCAAACAGGCCCCGGUUUGUUUGAGACUAGAGAUUGGUAGCAGUUUAUAUAUCUCAUUUUCAAGGGGCUCCUAUAGACGAAUACAUAUACUGCAAAUACUAACACACUAAGUUUUAAAUAAUAAGAAUCAGAACACCAAAGUCAUCCAUGUGUUCCUGGACAGAGCCUUGACUGCAGUACUUAAAGGGAUAGUUCUGGUGUUUUGAAGUGAGGUUGUAUGAGCUACUGAUCCAUAGUAUGUGUAUUACUACAGUGGAUGACGGUCAGCAUGCCCCCAGCUUGGAGAAAGACAGGAGCAUCGGCAAUACAGUGCUGUGGACGGCAGAAAAAUGUAUUUUGGCCACAUAAAAGAAACAAUAUCAGUUUAACUGUACGCUAUAUUUAGAAUAUUUUCAGACGGGGGUGUGAAGUCAAAGUGAAACGUGUCUAUACUGUUUUUGUCAUCUGAGCCUGCUGGCUUUGGAGAAGCAUAGAUAUGUAUCACUUUCAGUUCAGUUCGCUGUUUCUAAAUAUAGCGUACACUUCAACGGAUAACA